CCUCACGCAUGCGCAAUUCGCGCCUCCUCUGUCCAAUGAGAUCCGAAGCGCUAUUUUGAUGCGUAUUUUGAAUCAACAGAAACGGCUGCGCGAGACUCAAGUUGGGAUCCGACACGUCUUCCGCCCGAUUAAGCAAACUAUCAAAAAUCUGCACGGUUGGCACCCUGCGAUGAGGAAGAGUGAGGUGCUUGCUGCUGAGGCAGUGUCAUGCCUAAAUAAAGCUCUGUGCCAGCUGAAAGACAUCUGGGAGGAGAUUGGCAUCCCUGAGGAACAGAGACUGGAGAGAACAAAUGUGGUCAAAACUCACAUCAAAGGUCUUCUGGACAUGAUGAUUGCAGAAGAGGAGAGUCUGAGGAAGCGUUUAAUGGCCAGUAUUGAGUCUUGUCGUAAAGAGCUGGAAAAAGUAUGUCUGGAACUGCAGCUUCCCCUGUAUCAGGAGGAGAGAGGGAACACAAUGCUCCAACAGGAGAAAGAUAUACGAACCUGUCUUGAGGUUAUGUUGAAACAGAAAGGACAGAGAAUGCAAACGCUUAUAACCCUGAUAGAACAGGAUCAGGACCUUUGCGACAUUCUCUGCUUGGAGCCGUUCUCUAUCUCUGCAAGUGCAGUUCCUUCCCUGGAGCAACUGGAAUGCUUCCGACAGCAUAUUGCACAACUGACAGCAGAAAAGGUACAAAGACACAGCCAGUUUGUUGAACUAAAGAAAAAGAUAAUACUUUGCAUGGAUGAUCUGGAUCAACUGCCUGAGACUAGUUUUGAAAAGGAUAUUGUCUGUGAGGACGAAGAGGCUUUUUGUCUCUCCAAAGACAACAUUGACUCCCUUAAAGUCCUCCUCCACCAGCUUGAGAGCAAGAAAGCUGAGAACGAGCGCAUGUGUAGGUCAUAUCGAGAAAAGAUCCAGGAGCUAUGGGACAGGUUGCACAUCUCACAGGAGGAUCGAGAUGCUAUUGCUGAGCACAUGAGCAUGUCUAAGAAGAGGAACAUGGAAGCAUUGCAAGCGGAAGUCAACCGUCUUGAGGAACUGAAGCUCAGAAAUAUUCAGGAUCUUACUAAGACUAUUCGAGAGGAAAUUACGGUUUUCUGGGAUAAAUGCUUUUACAGCCUCGAUCAGCGUCAAGCUUUUCUACCCUAUUAUGAUGAUGAUUUUAAUGAGGAACUUCUGAACUUGCACGAAUCUGAGAUCCGGCGCCUCAAACAGCAUUUUGAAGAUCAUCAAGAACUUUUCGAAGGUGUUUACAAAUGGGAGGAGAGUUGGAGGCUUUUCUUAGAGCUUGAAAAAAAAGCCACAGAUCCAUCCAGAUUUACCAACAGAGGAGGAAACCUUUUAAAGGAGGAGAAACAAAGAUCAGACCUGCUCAAAGGCCUCCCAAAGCUGGAAAAGAAGCUGAAAGCCCAGAUCGAGCAGUGGGAGGAAGAACAAGGCAGAGAAUUUCUGCUCCAGGGUCAGAAGUUCAUGCAGUUUGUUUCUGAGCAGUGGGAUCUCCAUCGGCUGGAGAAGGAGCGGGAAAAACAAGAACGGCAAUUGAAAAAGAGCAAACAGACAGAGGAGGACAUGCUGUAUGGCACUGCUGUACGGUCUCCAACUAAACGAAGAUUUUUGGGCAGUAUGACCCCUUGCAAGACUCGGAAGCUAAAUGCUACCUCCAGCACCAACACCGGCACCUCUAACAGCACUAUGCGCUCUGUAUUUUGUGGAACUGUCUGCCACUCACCCGUGUCCCGCCCUCCAAUAUCAGCCAGCAAGGGUAAUUCCUUCAAGACCCCUGUUCGGGGAAAACCUCCUCAUCAAGGACUCGCAGAACGUAAUAAGGAGAACGUUUGUCAUCUUACCCACGCAACAGGUGGUGUGUUGAAGACUCCAGCUAGCCCACAACGUAACUUCAGCAUCAACUCUGUCGCCAGCACCUAUUCUGAGUUUGCGGGAAUAGUCAACGUUGAAAGCACUCAAUCAAGAGAGACCUCUCCAAAGCCUCAAAAUCAAAGAACACACCAGACGUCUUGAACUCAACCAUCACACACCUAUGAUCACUUUCUCUAUCACACACACAGAGAAGGAAUACUAUAAAAUACUCUAAAAACUGUUGCAACUGGCGAUGGAAACACUGCAUGACCUGCUCACUAUCCAAAAGCUUUAAAUGUUCACCUUUUCAACGUCUGUAUUUCUUUUUAUAUGUAAAUGAGGGUUAUGUAUAUUUAAUAUUUCUUAAAGAAUCUGUAUGUUUAUUGUUAAUAUGAUUAAUACUAAUUUUAUUGAAUAAAAAACAGUUAUUAUAUGUUAAGGUUAAAAUUAAUCCGCUCAGUCUGUAACAUUUUUUUAAAUGGAAGUAGAAUGGUGAUUGGGUGUAUGAUUGACUCUAGGCUGUAACCAGCAGUAUUAGCAAAUGUACCUUAAAGUCUACGCCUAUCAUGAAUGUUUUGCACAAUAUAUUGUUACAAGUUUUUUUUCCUUUCCUAUGUACUUGUAUGCCUUCGUUCACUACAUAAAAAUAUUUUUGGACACAUUACUCACGCUUCAUCAAUGUACACAAUUAACAAUCGGCU